CUUAGUAUCAUCUCCUCGUGGCUUGUACGUAGAUUCAGGAAGAAAAAUUUGGUUUUCAAGUUAAAACAAAUAAAUAAUAGGAAGAAUCAUUGCUCUUUGAAAUUAAUUUUAGCUCUCUGGAAGUAGUAGACACUAUUAGGUAAUAACCAUCAAAAUGAGCUGGAUGAGGCUCUAUUGUAUGGAUUCAGGAUCUGAAGAAGGAGGAGAAGAAGAAGAGACAGAUUAUGAAAAUGAGGAUUCACCAAUGGAUUUUGAAUCUACUGUUCACAAUGUAUUGGAUCGUUACAAAUUUCAAUUAAAUCAACGAAUCCGGCAAUAUCCAGAAUCAGAUGAGAAAGAUUCAAAUCCAGAAUCUGAUGAAGAUGUAUCAAAUUUUGAAGGCGCCGAUGACGAGUCAGAUAAAUGUUCUUGGCAAGAUCAGAUCGAAGAUAGAGACUUAGAGGAGCGAUCGGAUGAAGAUUUUCGGACCCAAAUUUUGAUGACUCUGCAGGAGAUAAAAGCUCCCAGUGCUUUUGCAUUUAGUGCUGUGAGCUCAUCCCUGCCAAAUCCAGGUCUAUACGUGCCCAGUCAUGGAGUCAUGGGUCUACCCCUUACAACUUCAGAUGCCCAAAAAAUCAUCCGUGAGGCCAGUCAAUCCCCUUUCGGUAGAGGAGAAGAGACGAUAGUUGAUACAGCAGUGCGUAAGAGUUGGGAGCUGAAGCCUGAGCAGUUUUCUCUCCAGAAUCCUAAAUGGCAAGAGGCAAUGAAAACGAUCCUAAAGGAUGUCAACCGUGGACUGGGAAUAACAAAAGGAACAAAAAAAAUCCGAGCAGAACUAAACAAGCUUCUAUUGUACGAGCCAGGGGCAUUUUUCAAGCCUCACAAAGACACUGAAAAAGCUGAUGGCAUGUUUGCCACGCUUGUUAUCUGUUUGCCAUGUCCACACGAAGGUGGAAAGCUAGUCUUGACGCAUGACGGUGAGAAGUACGAGUUUGAAACAUCUGCUUCAUCAAAUUAUGAAUUUUCAUAUGCUUGCUGGUAUGCAGACAUAACACAUGAAGUACUUCCUGUAACAUCAGGUCAUCGCCUGGUACUUACUUAUAAUCUCAUUCAGCAAACAGACUUUGAAAUACCACCUUAUGAAUUGGCCCUUGAGCAUGCAAACAAACUUUCAACGUUGUUCAAGGAUUAUAAUUUGCAGCUUGAGAAAGAUGUUGGAGAUGACAAACUACCACCAAUGCUAUUGCAUAAGUUGAAACACAAAUAUACCCAAGCUAAUUUACAAUUGAAAUUGCUCAAACCUAAAGACUUUGCCCAUGUUCAAACGCUUGCACAGGUAUCAACGAAGCUUGGGUUCAAUGUUUACCUCGCGACUCUGGAGCUUCGAGUCAAUACCUGUGAUGAAGGCAUGCUAGACGAAAUGAAGAUGCAAGUGAUAAGAAAUAUGGUCGAGCUUAAUGGCAAGUUUGUUGUGAGGCAUUUUAGUAUUCCAGAGGGAGCCUUGCUAGAUCCAACACCACAAGACGAUGGCAAUCCCUUCGAGGAGGAACACGAAGGUCCGACAGGUAAUGAAGGUAGUCCAGCCACAUUCUGGUACAAAGACACAGUUGCCAUCCUUGUACCACCUUCAAAACAGCUGGACUUCGUAUUCAAAUUUGGUUUUAAAGGAAAACUUAUUCGACCAUUAUUCUACAAACUCAUGAAAGAAUUUUCUGAGGACCCAACUCAAAAAUCAAAAUUGAAACAGCUGUGUGAGCUUGCUUUGAAACAGAAACCCAGAGAUGAUUGUCGUUAUCCUCGCUCUGAUAUAUCUUCAAAGCCUAUUCCGCCUUUUUUCAAAAAAGCAUUAGACACUGCUUUGGAUGAAGGUUAUAUUGACCUCUUAGGCGAGGCAUGCAAAAGUAGAGGGGACAGAAUUUUGCUCACGAAUGCUCGAAAAAUAGGACAGUUUGUUGCAAACAACAGUAUCUCAAAAUUGAAUGAUAAAUUGCUUACAUGUAUGCAAGGAUCAUCUUCUGUUGCCACCAUGAUAGAAUUCUUGGCAUUAGUUGAAGAGGGCUUUAGCACAAUUGUGCCAGAAUCAAGUUCUGCCGAAAGAAAAAGUUUUGAGCAAUGGCUGAAGGAAGCAAUAUUCUUAACUGUAGCUGAACGUUCAGCCUUGACAGAAGAUGAUGGCAAGUCUCUAGCACAGUUAUGCCAAACCAUGGAUUGGGAUCUAUUUGAGUCCAAGGUAACACAGAUCAUACUAAAUGCAGCAAAAGUGGUGAGGAAAGCUUUUGUUGAUGAAUUGAUGUCAAUUGCGGAGAAACAUCCUACUAAGGAACAACUCUCAUUCAUAUCAAAGAUUAAAAAAAAAUCAGAGCUUAACAAAGCUGGCCAUAAAAGAUGCUCAAGCAAGGUUGACCUACCAGCUAAGCGAACCCGCUAAGUGAGCUAAGUUUGAAGUGAACUCCAAUUUUCGAAUAAUUUACUUAGGAUGCUCAAGAUUUUACCUUUUCUGUUUCCAGAGACUUAGACCCUAGAAAUAGUGUACAUCAAUAAAGUAGAUUUAGAUGGUGACUUUUACCGGAAUUCCUACGGCCCUGAGACGUAAGUGUAUUUACUGGGGAUAAAGUAAAAUUAAAAAAGUGGCAUAGCAAUAAUCCAAAUGAUUCCACAAAUUAAAACUGAUUCGAAGAUGGAAAAUUUAAAUUUUAAUUCUAAUGAGAUAAAUUCCUUCUAUUGAUUUGCCAUUAUCGAGUUAAUGGCCCACUAAGGUUUCUCUGCUGCACUCAGUUAAGUUUACAAGUCUAAUUGUUAAAAAUUUAAAAAUAGUGGCCUUAAUGCAUCCUGUUUUUCUUUAUUACCUCACUUUCUCACUCAGGAAUGUAAAAAAUAGAGGAAUUGCUCAAAAAUAAUUACUCUAUAUACAUUUUCCUUCUUGAAUUACGUACUAGUAUUCAUUUAAAUUUCUUGGUUAAGCAUUUAAUUACCAUCCGAAAAAAUUCAGGUACUUCUUAAUUUUUUUUUACUCUGAUAUUUUUUCCAUUUUAUGUUCAAUUUACCGAUUUUUUCAAGAAUUGCGUUCCUUGGUCAUUAGAGUCAUACUCGUAUCUUAGCAAAA